AUGCAGGCCCUGCACAACAACGAAGCGCACUUCCCCAACCCCCGCACUUUCAACCCCUCACGCUACGCCGCCGACUUCCAGUCCUCCUCCGAAGCAGCGCACAACGCGGACUUCUCCAAACGCGAUCAGUACACUUUCGGCGCUGGCCGGCGUCUCUGCCAGGGGAUGCACAUCGCCGAGCGCUCGCUUUUCCUCGCCAUGUCGCGGCUACUCUGGGCGUUCGACUUCAGCAUGAAGAAAGACGAGUUUGGGAACGACAUCGUGCCUGACGCGGAUGCGUUGACAGAUGGGGUCUUAGUCCGGCCGGAGGCGUUCCCGGCGGUUGUGACGCCGAGGAGCGAGAAGAAGGCGGAGGCUGUGAGGGCGGAGUGGGCGAAGGUGGAGGGGAAGUUGGAUGGGAGGGGGCAGUGGAAGAGGGUGCCUGAGGGGAUGUUUUCGAAGGAGUAUGUCCCGCUGGUUGGGUAG